UUCACUGCAACACCUGGCUUAUUCCAGCCCUAUAAUACAGCUACGCUUUCAUCAAACGACGAUGGCGGAUGACACGGAGGAUGUUGAGCUGGACUUUGCAGCUGACGAGCAGGAGAGGGCGCGGAGAAGCGCUGUCAUUAGACACCCUCUUGCCUCCUUUUUCCACCUGUUCUUCCGGGUGGUUGCCAUUGUUGCCUAUUUGCUCUGUGACUGGAUCAGUGAGAACUUUGCAUCGUGUUUUGUCCUGAUCAUCACUCUGCUCUCCUUUGACUUCUGGUCUGUCAAGAAUGUGACUGGCAGGCUGUUGGUGGGCCUGCGCUGGUGGAAUCAGAUCGAUGAGGACGGAAAGAGCCUCUGGGUGUUCGAGGCCAAAAAAGCCUCACGGGGCAAUAACAUUGGGACAGAGGCAGAGGCGAGAAUAUUUUGGCUGGGUCUCAUCAUCUGUCCUCUCAUAUGGACAUUCUUCUUCUUCACCUCCCUCUUCUCCCUGAAGAUUAAAUGGCUGUCACUUGUUGUAGCUAGCAUUUCCCUCCAAGUGGCUAAUCUCUAUGGUUACCUCCGCUGCAAGGCAGUGGGCGAGGAAGGCCAGCCUGCAGACACCUGCUCUUUCACGGGACAGCACCUCCUGCAGCGUCCAGACAUCAUCUUUGGAAUACUAUGAAGAUUACCUCCUCCUGCACAGCCACUCUGCUGUGCAUGUGUGUGUGUCUUUGUGUGUGUGUGAGCGAGCAAGAGAAAGAAAGAGGGAGAUAGAUGAGGGCUGCCUCCUCUCCAAAGUUCCCACAGACUGCAUCUACUUGAAUGGCUGUGUGCCUUGUGCAUGCCUUAUGCUGCUGACUGUUCACUUCACAUGUUGCCCAUGGAUCAGUCUGGCUACUAUGUCAAUAAAAAAAU